GCAAUAUUUACCUCCCAAACCGCUUGCAAUGGCACGGCGAGAGGAGCUGGUGUAGCGGAGGCGAGGCAAAGCAGGGCAAGGCAAGGUAAAGCAGUGGAUCCCGGACAGCCCAGCUACCUCCGGGGGCGCCUUGUCGCCCCUCUUGCACCACCUGCUACCCUUGAGCCGUCGGACUGGACCAUGAAUUCGUACUUGGAAUACAUCUCGUGCGGAGAAGUGCUCACCUUCUCCCCUAAGUUCUGCCGCUCGGAUCCCCGGCCCGUGGCGCUACAGCCUGCCUUCCCCCUCGGCGGGGAGGGCGCCUUUGUGAGCUGCCUACCCGUAGCCGCGGCUGGGGCUCGGCCGGUGCCUCCUGCCCUAGUGCAGCCCCAGCCCCAGCCGCAGCCUCCGCCGACGACGCCGCCCUCGCCACAGCUGCCGCCGCCCCCAGCCCCUGCCCGGGCCCCUGGCGCUCCUCCGUUCGCGCAGUGCACCCUCGAGGGCACCUACGAGGCGGGCGCCGCACCUGCCGCAGACUACGGCUUCCUGCCACAGGGCUCCGCGUACGACUUCUCUGGCGGCCUCGGGCCCGCGGCCGAAGACGGCGUGGCCGGCCAAGUUCACUACGCCACUUCUGCCGUCUUUUCAGGCGGCGGCUCUUUCAUUCUCAGCGGCCAAGUGGACUACAGCGCCUUUGGCGAGCCCAGCCCCUUCCCCCAGGGUCUCAAAGAGCAAGGCGAUGGCCCAGCCGGGGUCUUCCAGGCGGUCUCCCCAGCUCCAGGAUCCUACCCCAAGUCCAUCUCUCCCGCCUCCGGGCUUCCCACAGCCCUCAGCACUUUUGAAUGGAUGAAAGUGAAAAGGAACGCCCCCAAGAAAAGCAAACUCUCCGAGUAUGGCGUACACAGCCCCUCAAGUACGAUACGAACAAAUUUCAGCACCAAGCAACUUACUGAACUGGAAAAAGAGUUUCAUUUCAAUAAGUACUUAACCAGGGCCCGCCGCAUAGAAAUAGCCCAUUCCCUACAGCUGAAUGACACUCAAGUCAAAAUUUGGUUCCAGAACCGAAGAAUGAAACAGAAGAAAAGGGAAAGAGAGGGAUUGUUGGCCAGCACUUCACCUGCAACGCCUCUUCAGCUUUCUAUGUCGGGUAUGAGCCCUGCAAAGUCUGGCAAAAAUGCUGAGAGCCCUGCUCCCUCCAAAGACUCUUCUUCAUAAGUUAACUCUGAAGCCUUUCAGCACAGACUUGACCUUACCUCACAAGCAAGUUUCUGAGUGCUGCAGAAAACCUCUCAGACUUUACUGCUAA